AUGUCACCAGCAGUAGCAACGACCCUUGAAACGGAUCAAUUGGUCAACGAUUUCAAGAAGAAGGUUGGCUUUAAGAGAAACUAUUCUAAGUUGCUCCCUGCCAAUACAUUGGCUAGAUACAAGAAACAUGGUGUUGAUGUUUCUGGCGAGUACCCUGAGGUUCCCACUGAAUAUCCGGUUUUCCUUGAGGAUGCUAUCAAUGUAAGAAAUAAGGACCGUCCUCAUAAUGAGCGAGGUGCUUAUGCCGACAAAGAGAAGAAGGCCCUCUUCGGAGCCGCUAAGGAGGUCAUUAAUCUGACAGCUAAUAUUGGUACUGAGAUUGUUGGACUUCAAUUGGCAGACUUGGACGAUAAGCAAAAAGACGAGCUGGCCUUGUUAAUUGCUGAACGUACUGUUGUCUUCUUCAGAGAUCAGGACUUGUCUCCUAAGAAGCAAUUAGAACUGGGCAAGUACUUUGGUGAAGUCGAGGUCCAUCCUUUGGUACCACAUGUUCCUGGCCUUGAGGGUGUCACUGUUCUAUGGCCUCAACAAAUGCAAAUUGAGGGUGGAAAGGCUACUCACAAGAAGCCACUUGGAACUGCUCAAUGGCACAGUGAUCUGUCCCACGAGUAUAACCCUGCCGGUAUUACUCAUUUACAUAAUGACGCUUUGCCUCCUGGAGGAGCUGGCGGUGACACUGCUUGGGUCAGCGGAUACGGUGCUUAUGAUAAAUUAUCUCCUGCUCUCCAGGAGUUCUUGGAUGGUAAGACUGCUAUCUACAGAUCGGCUCAUUCAUAUAUCGAUAAGAAGAACCCUCUAGGUGGACUCAAGUUCAUUGAGCGUGAACAUCCAAUUGUUAGAACCCAUCCUGCCACUGGUUGGAAGGCACUUUGGAUCAAUCGUCACUACACUACUAGAAUUGUCGGCCUUGAGCCUAACGAGUCUGCUGCUAUCCUUAACCUUUUGUUUGAUGUUUUCGAAAAGAACUUGGACAUCCAAGUGCGUUUCAACUGGCACUCCAAGCCGUCUGCUCCUGGUCGCGGAACUAGUGCUUUAUGGGACAACCGUAUCAGUCAACAUUAUGCUGUGUUUGACUAUGACGAUGAUGAGAGACAUGGUACUCGUGUUGCCGUCUUGUCAGAGCGACCCUACUUUGACAAGAACUCCAAAUCUCGUCGUCAAGCUUUGGGAUUAGAUUAG